CUUCCUGCACUAUAACUUACACACUUUAUUUUUCUCUUUUCCCCCUCCCUCCUUACUUACUUGUUUUUACUCUAAAGACUCAGAAAGAAAGGGACCUCUGAUCUCAUUGAUUUGCAGCCGUACAUGCUUAUUAAGGUGUCGGACAGAUAUACUUGUCCCUGGCAGAAGGUGUCCAAAUCAUCACCCUAGCUCUCGUCCGUCAGCCAGAGACACAGACAGCGAGAUUAGCAUGUCCAAAGUAAUCAGACUAGCUGCGAGAACAACUACAAAGAAGGGGGUAGGAGGAAAGGAGGGAGAGACAGGAGGAGGAAUGAAGAGAGGGAAGAGGAGGGGGAAAGGGAGGAGUACGAGUAGUCGGAAGAAGGAAAAGGAGGAUAGGGCGGUGGAGCAACAGUUGGGAAGAGAAGCAUCUGAGAGGCUACAUACUCCUGUUAACUAUUCUCUAGUAGCCAUCCGAUCUAGUGAUUCAAGCCUUUUCCUUACUGUGGUCUCACCCACUCUGCUUGGAGCCUGGCUGUGAAUGGACUGGUGGAGGAACAUACAGCUGAAGAGAUUUUCAAUGCUCCUCCAAAUUCUAAGAUGAAGUUAUGGAAAGGUGCCAGCUUUGUCUUCAUGCUCUGUGCUGCGUUACUGUUCCUCCACCUCACUAGAAACAUCAUGGUUACUACUGGACCUGCAAGACUUCAACCUAGGAUAACCUCGUCAUCGUCUUCAUCAUCAUCAUCAUCAUUAUUAUCGUCUAAACCACUGUCGCUCUCAGUGACAAAGCCAAUACCACCACCACCACCAUUAUCUUCAGUAGCAUCAUCACUACCGUUAUCAUCAUCAUCAUCAUCGUCUUCCUCCUCAUCCAGGAUGAAGGCUGGGCUCCACAGAACAGCGCGGGCUGUAGACACCAUCAGCUCUCUCCUCUCCCAGUUCUCCCACCUUCUCCAGAGCUUCACCGAGGGAGAACUGAAGAAGGUGAUCGGGACCCUGAUUGACAGGAGUAGCAAGAGGAGAGGCAGGAACAGUGGAGAGGAGAGCCAGGAGAGCUCCUCCCAGAGGACUAAGGGAGCUAAGAGUGGGCGCAGGAAGAGGUUAAAGCCGUGCUCUCUGCGGGAGGUGGAGGUGACGGUGGGGGAACUGGGGCUGGGCUACGACAGCGAUGAGACUCUCCUCUUCAGGUACUGCAGCGGCAGGUGCGCCGCUCGCCGACUACGCAACUAUGACAUCGUCCUGGAACACACGAGGAGGGCGGGGCUCAUUAGAAAGGGGCGGAGAGACAAGGUGCACUACAGCCCGUGCUGUCGGCCUAUCGCGUACGAGAAGGAUAUCUCCUUCCUGGAUAACAACAGUAGAUACCACACGGUGCAGGAGGUAUUGGCACGAGAGUGUGGCUGUGCGUGACCCUGGGG